GAGAGAGAGAGAGAGAGAGAGAGAGCAAGACUGAGAAAGAAGCAGCAGCAACAUUUCAGCCAAUGACAGUUAACAUGUUUCCGCUGUGCUGUGAGUAGAUGCUUCAGCUCUGUUGACCCUGACAAUGUAGGACUGCUGUGCUGCUGAGAUGUCCAUAUGAAUAUUGAUCUGACAGAGCAGUGGGAAGCUACAAUCAGACAGCAGUGGCUGUUUUUCUGAGGAAAUACGUAGCUUUGAGUGCCUUAUCAUAAUUGAACUUACCCUCCAUUGUUAGAUAAUGUAAUGCUGUUGGAUUAGUAUGUGGACCAAGGUUGGAAUGCUGUUUGAGGAGGCUAAGAUGUGUACUUUGCAGGUGAAGUUGGGAACUCACAAAAAUAAUUUUACAGACAAUAAAUACCAGCUCAAGCACUCAAAAACUUGAGCCAGUAUGAGUAGCUGCUUCCAUUUCCGCUCAUAAGCAAUAAGCUCAUUAUUAUUUAUUGUCACACCCCCCACACACAGACAGACUGACAUUUAAGGUCGUUUUUGAUUCACAUCACUUUCAAACACACAACAGCGAAGUUAUGGCAGCAGCAGGUUCAGGAGCCUCGCAGGCCCCUACCACUGGAGACCGACGGCUGGUGGACAAGGCCCUCAAAAGACUGGAUAAGCUCCACGAGCUGUGCACUAACACCCGGCUGGGCCUGAGGAACAGUCCACCAUACCUACCAGAGCUUGUAUCUGACACGACAACACUGCUCAAGCAGGUUUGGGAGCCCUACAGAGGCUCCAGGGUGACAGGUGGGCAGGACCCCCGGGGAGACGAGGCCAAGUACCUGAGGGUCCAUGUCAGAAACCUGCUGGAUAAGACAGAAAGAGCCGUGCUGCUGUUUAAAGAGGGACGGGAGAAAAUAUUUGAGGAGACAUCCAGCUACAGGAGGAACUUGACCAAACUGUCCUUGCUGUUCAGUCACAUUCUGUGGGAGCUGAAGGCCUUGUUUCCAGGGGGAUGUUUUCAGGGUGACACCUACAGGGUGACCAAGACGGAGGCUGCUGAGUUUUGGAGGCAUUCUUUUGGCAACAAGUGCAUAGUGCAGUGGAAUAGUUUUAAAGAGCAUCUGCAGCGUGUUCAUGCAUUUGAGGAAGGGAUGGAGUCCAUGGCUCUGAAGUCAACUAUAGAUCUCACCUGUAAUGACCACAUCUCUGUGUUUGAGUUUGACAUCUUCACUAGACUGUUUCAGCCCUGGAGUUCACUCAUAAGGAACUGGAACCAGCUAGCAGUGACUCAUCCCGGCUACAUGGCCUUCCUAACCUAUGACCAGGUUGUAGCUCGUCUGGAACACUACCUGCACAGACCUGGGAGCUAUAUCUUUCGUCUGAGCUGCACAAGAAUGGGCCAAUGGGCUAUUGGCCAUGUGACCACCGAAGGUAGCAUUGUCCAGACCAUCCCAGAGAAUACGCCUCUCUACCAGGCACUCAUUCAGGGCUUCAAGGGAGGCUGCUACCUGUACCCAGAUGGCCGUGAUGUGAACCCUGACCUGACAAGCUUGUGUGAACCGGCCCAGAGGGGAAAAGUCAAAGUUACAGAAGAGCAGUACGAGCUCUACUGUGAGAUCGGCAGCACCUUCCAGCAAUGUAAGAUCUGUACAGAGAGGGAUAAGGACACUCGUAUCCAACCUUGUGGGCAUCUCCUCUGCAAACGUUGCCUCACAGGCUGGCAGCAGAAGUCAGCAGGCCACACCUGCCCAUACUGUCGCUGCGAUAUCAGAGGAACAGAGACGAUCCUCAUCGAGCCCUACCUGCCAGGCAGCGGUCAGUGGGAGGAGGAGGAGGAGGAGGAGGAGGAGGAGGGUGAUGCAGAGGACGAGACCCAUGAGGACAUUGAACUGGUGGUAAAAGAAAUGGCUGCCCUGAAGAAGUUGUCAAGUUUGGAUUACCAGGUCCCAAGGUCCCGCCACAGCGUUCCACCUCUGCCCCCUAAAAACAGCACUUCCCCACACUAUCCAUCUUCCUCCAGCCAAUCCCAGAUGCCAGCCAAACACUCCCACUCUCGUUCGCAGGCCCACAGUGGUAAUGAAGCACAUAAAGGACACAAAGAACACACAAGCAUGAACAGGCGUCAGGGAGAGGACAGCAGUGACGAGGAGAGGUCUGGUGGGUUUCGAGUGCCUCAGCCAUACCCACUGUCCCACAGUGCUGAAUUCCUCUCAGAAGCAACACUUUCUUCUUCCUCUCAGAAGGAUGUUGACAGUAAUGCCGUUGCAUGGAUCGGACCCUCCAGCCCAGUCAAACAGAGGCGAAGACAUAAAGAGAGGGAGGAAAGGAGAGCAGGGUUCAAAAAAGACAAAUGCGGCCUGGGAGAGAUGACGAGAACAAUGUCGUCCUGAGAGCAAAAUGAGCUCUUCUAAAGACUCUUUAAAUAAAGUGAGAAAUACAUGGCAACUUAAAUAUCUUAAAUCCACAAAUCAGCCUUCAGUGAAUGUUAAAAUAUUUUUUGUUGUUAUGUUUAACUGUAACUGACGUUGUGUCUGCUGCACUGCACUGUUGUGGUUGACAUGAGUGGGUGGGCCUGACAGGAAAAUUACUCAGUGAGGCCUCCUACUGUUCAAUAAUCACACUGCCAUUAUCUCCACAGUUGGUUCAGAACUGAUUCCUGAAUAUAGACUCGCACUGUCUUCUUUGUAACUUUUUCUGAGCCUCCAUGAAAUAAUAGAAAUAAAUUAAAGGUUUUAUAUUUGAAAAUGUAAUUACAUGGACAAAGGAAGGGGGGCAAUCAAUUACAAAUCAAGGGUGAAUAUAUGAGAGAACAGAAAUAUGCUACCUCGUCAUUGAACCCAUGCAACAGGUUUGUUCUUAUAAAUACAUUAUGUGAUUAAAGUAAACUAAAAUGUACAACUCCAUCAAACUGUCUUACAUGGUAUUACAAAUAAACCUAUAACUGACACAUA